UCCAGUAUAGAAACUCAGCUGAAAAAUUCUGUUUUACUAUUUAUUAUACUGUAACACAACAUAAGACUAGAAAACUAUAACCUUGUAAAAAUCGAGUUCACUACACAUUAGAGCUUUUCAGUUGGAUGUGUGUACCUAAUAAAAUGAAUACAUGGAGACAAAGAGCCAAAUGCAUAAAUGUACUGGCUCCUAAUUGGCAUCAAACAUUCUGAAUUCAGUCUGACCUCCAUGAGGCUGUAAAGACAUCCCCAUACAGUAAACCAAGUGGUUUUGUCCUCCAUGUUCAUCAAAAUGAGCCAAUAAUGAUCAUGGACUGUCAUUGACAUUUUUUUCUUUACAUGUUUCCCAAAGGUUUCAUCUACUAACACCCCCGGGACAGUUUUGUUGAUCUGUAUGUACAAAAUGAAAACAUGAUUUAUAUUUUACAUAACGUUGAUGCAUUUAAAUUACCUGUAAUUAAUCCAUCAAAAAGCAAAGCUCCUGCAGAAACAGUAAACGGAAAGUGAGAGAUGGGAGGAUGCAGAGAGAUAACUAAUACAAAUCCAGUCUGUGUGGAAGGGGAAGGCUCCGGCUGCUGCUGCAUUAGUUACAAGGGGAGGGUGAGAAAGAGGCAAGAGACUUGGAGGUGGCAGGAACCACGGUGAGUGGAGUUAGACUGAAUGAGGAGAGAAUGAGGCUUGGAUGAGAUGCAGCGGCAGCGCUGAGAGCGGAGGGAUGCGCAGCUGAGCCUGACAGCUCCCGACUCCACACUGGGGGAGAACUCACUGUGCACGACUCCGAAGAAAUCUGAUUUUUUUUAUGCGAUGCAAAUCGGGGUUUGACGACGUGGAGCAGAAGCGGCGCUCUGAUAAAGGCGUGUGGACCGGCUUUUCAGGGUCUCUUCAUUCAGGGGGAAUGGUGUUUGAACUAUUGGAAACUCGUGGCCCAAUAUGCCUGUGAUGAAGGGCCUCCUCGCCCCCCAAAACACUUUCCUGGAUACGAUUGCAAACCACUUUGACGGCACUCACAGCAACUUCCUGUUGGGAAACGCUCAGGGUCGCCAUGGUUACCCCAUCGUGUACUGCUCGGACGGGUUUUGCGAGCUGACGGGCUUCGUCCGCACCGAGGUGAUGCAGAAAACCUGCACCUGCAGUUUCCUCCACGGAGCCGAGACCGACGAAAGGGCGAUCCAGCAGGUGGACAAGGCCCUGGAGGGCCAGCAGGAAUACCACGGGGAAGUCUGCUUCUAUAGGAAAAAUGGAAAUCCAUUUUGGUGCCUCCUGGACAUUGUGCCAAUUAAAAAUGAGAAAGGCGAAGUGGUGUUGUCCUUAUUAUCCUUUAAAAAUGUCAGUGACUCGCAUGGGAAAAGCCAUCUCUACGUCCAAGGAGACGGUUUGUCAGAAACAGCUCACCACAGCAGGAGAAGGAGUCGCCCGCGCUUUUCUCAAGCCCGAGAGCGGGGAAGGAACGUUGUGCACCGCCUCAGCAACCUGUUCACAAAGAGGGGCAAGAGGAGGCUGACCAACAGCGUGUUCCAGAAGCCGUCGCUGCCGGAGUACAAGGUGGCGGGGGUGAAGAAGUCCCGCUUCAUCCUGCUGCACUACAGCGUCUCCAAGGCCCUGUGGGACUGGUUGAUUCUGCUGGCGACCUUCUACGUGGCUGUCACUGUGCCCUACGACGUCUGCUUCGUCAGCCACAGCGAGGCCGGUGACCGCCGCUCGCUCGUCAGCCGCACCAAUAUGGGAAGUGACAUAGCAGUGGAGAUACUCUUCAUCCUCGAUAUUGUCUUGAAUUUUCGUACCACCUACGUGAGUCAGUCGGGUCAGGUGGUUUACGAUGCCCGAUCCAUCUACCUCCAUUACUGCACCACGUGGUUCUGUGUGGAUCUGAUCGCAGCUCUGCCCUUUGACCUCCUCUAUUCUUUCAACAUCACAGUGACGUCCCUGGUGCACUUGCUGAAGACGGUUCGUCUGCUGCGUCUACUGCGCCUCUUGCAGAAGCUGGAUCGUUACUCCCAGUACAGCGCCGUGGUCUUGACCCUUCUCAUGUCCGUGUUUGCUCUACUGGCUCAUUGGAUGGCUUGCGUCUGGUACGUCAUUGGACGCAAAGAGAUAGAAAGCAGCGACCCUGUUACCUGGGACAUAGGAUGGCUUCAGGAGUUAGGAAAACGCCUAGAGACUCCGUACGUCAACAGCACCACGGGGGGUCCUUCCAUGCCGAGUGCCUACAUUGCCUCUCUCUACUUCACCCUCAGCAGCCUCACCAGUGUGGGCUUUGGCAACGUGUGUGCCAAUACAGAUGCCGAGAAAGUCUUCUCUAUCUGUAUCAUGCUCAUGGGGGCCCUGAUGCACGCAGUCGUCUUUGGGAACGUGACCGCCAUCAUCCAGCGCAUGUACUCGCGCCGCUCGCUCUAUCACACACGCAUGAAGGAUCUGAAGGACUUCAUACGCGUGCAUCGGCUUCCUCAGCAGCUGAAGCAGAGGAUGCUUGAGUACUUUCAGGCCACCUGGUCAGUCAACAACGGCAUCAACGCCAAUGAGUUGCUGCAUGACUUUCCAGAUGAGCUGCGAGCUGACAUUGCCAUGCACCUGAACAAAGACAUCCUGCAGCUGCCGGUGUUCGAGCGCGCCAGCAGAGGGUGCCUGCGCUCCCUCUCCCUGCACAUCAAGACCUCCUUCUGCGCCCCCGGAGAAUACCUUAUUCGCCACGGGGACGCCCUGCAAGCCAAUUAUUUUGUGUGCUCCGGUUCUCUGGAGGUUCUAAAGGACGGCAUGGUCCUGGCGAUCCUAGGAAAAGGUGACCUCAUUGGGGCCGAUCUUCCAGAACGGGACCAGGUUAUCAAGACUAAUGCUGAUGUGAAGGCGCUGACCUACUGUGACUUGCAAUAUAUCAGCGUUAGGGCCUUGACAGAAGUUCUGGGCCUGUACCCAGAGUAUGGCAGCCGGUUUAGCUCGGACAUUCAUCACAACCUCACGUACAACUUAAGAGAGGGCUGCAAAGCUGACGGACUAACAAAGUGUUUCCAACUGUCUCAGAGUCAUACCUCUAUGGGACACAAGCCACCCUUUAUAAUUAAAGCCGAUGAUGCGGAACAUGGAAAAGACAUGAGACACUUGCAGCAGAGGAGCGCACCCCUGUUCCAAGGAAAAGCCAGUCCUGUCCAUCAGUCCCGCCUCAGUACCCUGCCAGGAGAUGACCUGGGCCUGAACGACAGGCACUACAUCAGUCAGACUGUUCAGAGCCGCACAGGCCACAGCCUCGCUCCUCAGCCUGUCACCAACGAGGGCUUUGCUCCAUCUCCUUCGUCCAAUCUCAACAGGGACCAUGGCACGAAAAAUCAGCCUGCCAAGCUUCUAAUGCCAUCCGUGUCAUGUGUGAGUCCACUGAACCUGAGCCCCAGGGUUGUGGAUGGAAUUGAGGACAAUGGUGAUGCAUUUCCGUUUAAUGUGGAGCACAAUGAGGCAAUGACCAAUGUAGCAGAGCGGUUACAGGUGAAUACUAACCUGUUUCUAGAGACAGAGGAGGUGAGACUGAACAUCAGCAAAUUAAAUAAAGAGGUCAACAACUUGAACCAAAAAGUAUCCAACCUGGCUAAGGAGCUACAUAACAUGAUGCAUUUCAUACAGUCUCACAUUGCCAUGCUCCACUACACCUCGCCUGUCUCCACAUGCUCCUAUGACAUACAGAUGGUUCCCAGUCCUAGUGUGACUGCUUCCAGUGACUGGCCGCCCCGUGCUCCUUUGAACAUAGCUACUGGGCUGCACCUCCACCAUGAAGCAAUUAGCCACCCUGCCAGAAAUAUGUGGGACUACAGUGGGAUGCCAUCUCAGGGUGGGAGUCCCACUUUGCUGCGCUCUUCCAGCCCUGCGUCAUCCUGUUUACACCUCUGCUGCUCUGACAGAGAAGGAACCACCGCUCACAGACUGCUGAGUCAAUGUUGCCCAACAACAAAUCCAAUAUCUACUUACAUGACAUACACUCAUGGUCAAGGAGGUCCAUCACUCCUUGGCCUCAGCCCUGCUUUCAGUGGCCUUCCAGUGAUUUGUCAGGCCCCCCAUGUGGCCUGUAAUCCCUCUAUUCCCACCAUGAGCAGUUCUCACCCUCAGUGUUCCCCUGUAGGUUCUGUGUUCUCCCACACCUCCCUGAGUAUUAACACAAACCUUGAUGCCACACAUAUUCACAGCAGGUCCCAGACGCCCAUCCAUUCCUCCGUCACUCCCAGUGGCCAACCUCAGUAUCAUACUGUGUUCAGCUCACUUAGCCCCUCAGGGGUCUAUACCUCAGGGCACAGCCCAGGCCAGCAGGGCUUGAUCAGCGGUUCCAGGCAAAAUAACCCGGAGGGAUCCAGUUCUAUCCACAAUUCACAGGACUUGAGGUUUCAUCUGGGUCAGGUGUUAAAUAGUGACAGUGUCAGUACUCAACCGACAGACAUUCAACCACCACUGCUGGACAUAGGACUGUGAAGUCCGCACUGAUCAUCAGUACUUUUGAAUACGCUUGUAUAAAUCUUCCAUUCAACAAAAAACUGUUACAACUGUUACAUUUUAGUAACACAUUCUGUUAAUGUUAAUUAAUUUUACCAGUUAUUACAUACAGUACAACAAU